UUUACAUUAGACUAAUAAUCUAAUCUAAUAUCAAUCAAGUUAAUCAAAUAAUAAUAAUAAUUAAUUAAUUAAUUAAAUAAAUUAUUCAAAUGGACGCCAAUUACUUAAACAACAACAUUAACAACAAAAUAUGUCUCAUUUGUGGCGACAAAUCAAAUGGCUAUCAUUUCAAUGCCAUAACUUGCGAGUCGUGUAAAUCAUUUUUCAGGAGAAAUGCAUUAAAAUAUAAAGAUCGAUACAAAUGCUAUUCGGGCGGCAAUUGUAUGAUAACUGUUGACAAUCGGAUCAAAUGCAAGAAAUGCCGACUCGACCGGUGUUUUUCAGUCGGUAUGAAAACUAACUUAUUCUUUAGUGAACAACAAAAACAAUUGCGAAAACAAAUUAUUGAGAAAAAUAAAAGACAACAGAAAAAUGACAUCUCUUUCGAUGUCUCUAAUUGUUGGUCACAACCGACUGAAACAAGUGAUUGUUGUCCAGAAUAUACAAUCACCAGUUCUUCCAGUUAUUGUUCAUCAGAUGACAGAGUUGUUGAUGUCGUCAGUGAACAGACAAACAGUGGACAACACAAUGAGUUGUUAUUAUUGUCGACAGAUGUGUCGGCCGUUGCCGCCGCCGCCACUUCUGUUGCUGUCGAUGAUGGCAUCAAUUCAUCGAUUGUCGGCCACUCGUCCUCAUCAUCACUGAGCACAGGGAUCGUCGCCACCAAUCAGUCUACGACUACAACUAUUAUGAAACCCAUUACCGAUUAUAGCAAUCAGUUUAACGAACUCGAGGCCAAUAAGUUGACUGAACUGUUGGAUGCCAUGAAACUAAUACAACAACAGGAAAAGUCCAGUAUUUUUGUUGAUACCGGAGCUACUGCUGCUGAUGCCGUACCUAAUCAUUACAAUAUCAAUGUUGUCGACAAUUUUAUGCAAGCAUUUCGACUAUUGAUGGCUAAUCUGAACAAAACAAUGCCUAAUAUCAUUAAAAUGGCCAAACGUUUACAAUGUUUUACUAAUAAUAAAACUAAUAGCAGUUUAAUCACAGAAUCGGAUCAAUUAAUUUUGUUAAAGUAUUCACUAUUCGAGAUACAUGUGCUCAGAAAUAUUCAAUCAUUUAACUACCAGGGUCAAUAUUGGACACAAUGUAUUGAUGAUAAUGACACUAUCAAUGGUGGCUUAUAUAUCAUAUAUCUGAGUGUAAUGAAAAAUCAGUCGAUUAUACCCCGGGAUAAAAGUCCGUACGAUAAUCACGAAAAGUUUAUCAAUAAUAUGGGCUUAGACUGGGAAUCGGAUCCACUGAUCGUUGAUCUGGAUCAAUUCAAAUGCUAUUUGGGCGGCAACUGUGCCAUCGAUGUCCACAAUCGGACCUUUUGCAAGAAGUGUCGACUCGACAAAUGCUUUGACGUCGGAAUGAAAAGUACAUUCAUCUACAAUGAAGAACAAAAACGGAUGAGACGGGCAAUCAUUGAUGAAAACCGAUUGCGAAGACAACAGAACAAAGACGAAAGUCGUGGCCUACAUAUGGUCUGGCAAUCGGCGGCGUCGGCGGCGGCUAACCAUCGCAACUGUUGUCCACUGAUGACUAUAUCUUCUUCAUCGUCAUCAACAUCAUCAACAACACCACUGUCAUCGUCGCCGAUGACAACAACUCAGCCGUUAAACGACAACAACAACAACAACAACAACAACAACAGUUGCGAUCAUUCGCUGGAUUUUAUCGACGAACUAAUAGACAAUACAUACGAUACGGAAGCAAUUAAUGCCGAAAUCGGUCGAAUCGAGUCCUAUAUUACCGACAAUCAUACCACUCAUGUAUGCCAAUCGGUCUACAAACGAGUGGAUCGUUUGGAGACCACUGUUCAGCCAAUACUGAGACCAAUCCAGGACUAUAGCAAUCAAUUGACCGAAACUGAAGGCCAGAAACUGACGGAAUUGUUUCAUGCAAUCGGUUUCCUAACCCAUCGGCGGCCGCCCGGCGACCAAAUCGACGGCCAAUUGAUGGCCAAAAGCUAUUUGGAAGCGUCGAGUGUUUUGCAUUUGAGUAGCGAAACCGAAAUCCGGGAUUUGGUUAAAAUGUCCAAACAUUUCAAUGCAUUUCAAUCGGUUUGCGAAUCGGAUCAAAUAGUUUUGAUAAAAUAUGCCUCACUUGAGAUAAUCAUCAAUCGUAUGGUUUUGAAGUUUAAUUUUGAACGCCAGUACUGGGAUAUAAUUACGGAUGACCAUCUAUCGCAUCUGGUUAAGCUAGAGCUGCUUAAAUCGGGUAAUACAUAUACAAAUCAUAAAAGAUUUUUAGACAAUAUGGGAACGGAAUGGGAUUCGGAUCCAGUUAUCAUUGAUCUGUUAACAGCUAUACUAUUGUUUAAUCCGGAGCGACCAAAACUCAAGGACAAGGAGCUAAUCAAACUGGAACAGCAGACAUACAUGUAUUUACUUCAACGAUAUCUACUGUUGAGGUAUCGAUCGGAUAGUGAAUCUAAAUCUAAAUUCUUGAGAUUAUUGAAUCAUUUGACUGAUCUAAACAUAUUGGAUGAAAUAAUUGUCAUCAACUGUUCCCAAAUGGAUAUGACUCGGUUACCAUUGAUGAAAGAGAUAUGCGAUCGGCUAUGAUCUCGGGUCCACCUGAUAGGAGGUGGGGGGUGGGGUCAGAGGAUAGGGA